AUGGCACGUUACACCCAAGACCAGAAUUACCGUAAUGGCAGGAGUCGCCGCAGCGGUCAACAGCAUGCACAUGGUCGAGGGGAUGGGUAUAACACACAACAUGGACAAGAUGAGCAUGUCGCUCUUGACCAGCAGAUACCUCAUCAUCGCAUGCAGUUAAACAAUUUUCUGCAACAUAGAUUCAGAACUACGCAAGGCUUGCGGAUCGAUAGCUCAUCAACUGGUCCCGGGCACGCACUGCAAUGGACCGUGAUCGUAUACUUCCGAGACAAUGAAUAUGGCAGAGGCGAGGGGGCAACCAAAGGGAUUGCCACAGAAAUUGCUUGUCAGUUUGCUCUGCAAGCCCUCAUGCAACCAGGGAAUGGCCAUUGA